CCAGCGACAGCUGCUGCCGCUUUGCGUCGGCCGUGUAGGCCGCUGCCGAGCGCUGUACCGCCAUGGGGCCGCGCGGAGCUGCCCUGCGCCUGAGGAUCGGAUUUAUCAGUCACUUACCUAUGUGGAGCCCUGUCACCAGUGGCCAUCCAAUGAUCCUGGGCUGCUUACUGCCUUGGUUCCAGGAGAGGUGCUGGGCUUUGAGUUGUAGAGGAAUCAAGAGAAUUGCAGGCCAGAGAGAGCAAACUGAGGCCUGGGAUAAGCAUACCUCAGAGGAGCUGAAGGUACCCUUUUCCAGGACUGCAACUGGGACCUUUUUUCAAGAGCAACCCAAGAUUGGGAAUCCAUAUCUGGAAGAUGCUUUUCUUCAGGGUUACUUGAAAGCACACCUCCCUUCCAAGGUGCUAGAGGAGGUGAGCCUGGACCUAGAGAGGUUUGGGGCCCGUGUGGUAGCUGAGAUCGACUCUCUGGGGCGCGAGUGUGAGUUGAACCCCCCUGCACUGCAGCAGUACAAUGCCUGGGGGCAACGUGUGGACCACAUCAUCACCUGCCCAGCCUGGAAGAGGUUGAAAGAGAUUGCAGCAGAGGAGGGGUUAGUUGCUGAGGCCUACGAGCGGAGAUACGCCAACUGGAGUCGUGUGUAUCAGAUCUUGAAGUUAUACUUAUACACAGCCUCUUCUGGCUUUUUCUCCUGCCCACUGGCCAUGACCGAUGGAGCAGCCAAAGUUAUUGAGACUCUGGGUAUAUCUGGGCCUCUAGAAAAAGCCUUUGGUCACCUGACAUCUCGUGACCCAAGGAAAUUCUGGACCUCUGGCCAGUGGAUGACUGAACGCAGAGGAGGCUCUGAUGUUGGUUGUGGCACUGAGACAGUGGCCAAAGAGCAGGCAGAUGGCGCAUAUUGCCUCUAUGGCUUUAAAUGGUUCACAUCUGCCACUGAUGCAGACAUGACGCUGACCUUGGCAAGGAUCAUGGAUGUUCAUGGAGAAGUAGAGCAGGGUUCCAGAGGCCUGUCCCUGUUCUUCAUGGAGGUCCGAGAUAAGGAGGGAAAGCUGAAUGGCGUUGAGGUGCAAAGGCUCAAGGAGAAGCUGGGCACAAGGCAGGUGCCAACAGCUGAACUGCUGCUGGAUGGAGCCAAGGCACACCGGAUCUCUGCUGAAGGUCGGGGAGUGGCCUCCAUUGCCAACAUGUUGACCAUAACUAGGAUCCACAAUGUCAACGGCUCAGUGUCUGGCAUGAAGAGGAUCAUCAGUCUGGGCAGAGACUAUGCCAGCAAGAGGGUUGCUUUCGGGAAGUUCUUAAAGGACCACCCCCUACACAUGCAGACCAUGGCCCGGAUGGAGGUGCAAAGAAGAGGGGCUUUUCUACUGCUCAUGGAGAUAGCCAGACUCCUUGGAUUAGAGGAAACCAGCAUGGCAAGUGAGCGGGACCAGCUUCUUCUCCGGUUGCUGACACCAGUUGCCAAGCUCUACACUGGGAAACAGGCUAUUGCUGUUAUUUCUGAAGGGCUGGAGUGCUUUGGAGGGCAGGGCUACAUGGAGGACACAGGCUUGCCAGUCGCACUUCGAGAUGCUCAGGUGCUGACCAUCUGGGAGGGAACCACAAAUAUCCUCUCACUUGAUGUCCUGCGCUCCCUUACCAAGAGCCAAGGACAGGCAUUAGUUGCCUUCUUCUCUGCAGUGCAGGGAAAGGUGGAGCUAGCUUCCAACAUUAAAGACCUGGAGUCUGCUGUGCAGCGAAUGCAGUCUGCUAUCAGCAAGCUCGAAGAGUUCUCUCAGGGAGUUGGCUCAAAGGGGCCAUCUGGCAUGGAGCUGGCAGCAAGAGAUUUUGCCUACACACUAGCAAGGAUCUACACAGGAGCUCUCUUGCUUGAACAUGCAGCCCGACCUGGCGCCUCUUUCACAGACAUCUUCACUGCCCAGAGAUGGUGGACAUAUGCGAAACUCCCUUUUCCAAACUGUACUGAAGCCUGGGAUGAGGUCUGAUGACCUGUGCCGUUUCAGCAUGUUUGGGGUAAUCAUUAUAUCAAGCUUUGAAAUCUGAUGGUCAGCGCAAGGGAAGAAAAAUCUGAGGUACAAAGGAGGAUCAAACUCUCUUAACACCCAGUUUUUCUGUUCAAAGGAAAACUGCAUUGAUUGUUACAGAACAGCACCUGAUGCUGCUAAUUUUUAUGUCCCCUUCCCCCCACAACCUGGCUGGGAUUCUAAUACCAGUAAAACCAACCAUAAUAUAUAUUUUUUCUUCUAAAAAAAUAUGCGCAUGUUCCUUGCAAAGACACACAGUGGAAAAGAAAGCAAGAGGAGGCUUUCAGUCUUUUUUAUCAAAGGCAUCAAUGUCUCUGUUGAACCUCAAAUACUUCGCCUAAGGACAGGAAGGUAAAAUAAAAAAAUAGAAAGUGUGUUAGCAAAUGCUCCCAUGCAAAACUCUAAAUUUUAUUCACUUUUAUUUAUAUAUUCAACAAUUCUAAAGUAUUUACUUCUUGCUUUGACAAAAAUGAAAAAUAUAGGAGCACUUUACUCUCUUUAGGAGAGAAGGGUUAUAUAUACAGCUAUGGAGAGAUAUCAGUUCCUCCUUUACAUAAAAAGAAAAAUAAUAUUAAUAAAAAAGUGCUUCAUUGAUCAAAAAAGA